GGAUCACAUUCCUUUCUUCCUCGUUUGUAACUAAAAGCAACCUGACCGCCUUUUUUGGCUUGUUCUACUCCUUGGUUUGUUCACUUUCACACUGUUUAAUAAGUCUUUUUGCCAGCUUUGAUGUCUGUCUCACUCUUUUUAAUGCCAUACCCAGUUGAAAACAAAGCGUCAUUGAUAUUGUCUGUUCUUUGCUAGAUCAGUUUUUGGUCUUAGGGGAUUCUAAUUGGGUGCCCUUGCAUGCUGUUUAACAACAGGGUUUGAGGAGUUGAUAUAGAAAUUUCAGGGUCACUUUUGGAGGAAUGAUUCUUUCGGCUCUUUUAACUUCUGUUGGAAUCAAUCUUGCCCUUUGUUUUUUGUUUUUCACUCUGUACUCUAUAUUGAGGAAGCAACCGGGUAACAUCAAUGUCUACGCACCGCGUUUGGUUGCCAAAGAAAAAGCACAACAAAGAGGUCGUUUCAACUUGGAAAGUCUGUUACCAACUGUUAGUUGGGUCAAAAAGGCGUGGCAGCCCUCUGAAGAUGAACUCUUGUCAAUAGUGGGCUUUGAUGCUGUGGUGUUUAUGCGCAUUUUGACCUUCAGUUUGAAAGUUUUUUCUGUUGCUGGAGUUCUUGGGGUCUUCAUUCUUCUUCCAAUUAAUUUUGUCGGAACUCAGCUAAAUGAAGAUUCUACUGAUUUGCCAAACAAGUCUUUGGACUCUUUCAGUAUUUCAAAUGUCAAUGAUGGCUCAAACAGGUUAUGGAUUCACUUUUGUGCUGCAUAUGUUUUCACUGGAGUUGUCUGCUAUCUUCUUUAUUAUGAGUACAAUUAUAUUUCAUCAAAAAGAAUUGCUUACUUUUACUCAUCCAGACCUCAGCCACAUCAGUUUACAAUAUUAGUACGUGCUAUUCCUAUCCCAUCUGGGAGUACCUGCAGUGAAACUGUUGAGAGCUUCUUUAUAGAGAAUCACCCUUCUACUUAUCUUUCGCAUUCUGUGGUUCGGCGAACCAGUAAACUUCAAGGUCUUAUUAGUGAUGCAGAGAAGUUGUACAGAAGGCUUGCCCAAUUGAAACUGAAAAAUCAUACUUCACAGAGGUUUGGGCGUCAUGGGUUUUUGGGAAUAUUUGGACACAAAGUUGAUCUUUUAGAUCAUUAUGAAAAGAAAUUGGAAGAUGUAGAACAUAACGUGAGAUUGGAACAAGCUUCAUUGGCUGGAAAGGAAGUCUCUGCUGCCUUUGUGUCAUUCAAGUCACGGCUUGGUGCUGCCGUGGCCUUGCAUAUCCAACAAGGCAUAAAUCCCACAGAGUGGAUCACUGAACGAGCUCCUGAACCUCAUGAUGUUCACUGGCCUUUCUUCUCUUCUUCUUACCUAAAAAGAUGGAUAUGCACUCUCUUGGUGUUUGCUGCAUGUGCUGCUCUUACAAUUCUAUUUCUUAUUCCAGUCGUAAUCGUGCAAAGUCUUACAAAUCUUGAGCAGUUGGAGACCUGGUUCCCUUUCCUGGAAGGCAUACUAAGUUUAACCGUUGUCAGUCAAGUGAUAACAGGAUAUCUUCCCAGUCUCAUUCUUUCAAUGUUCCUAUCAUUUGUGCCACCUAUCAUGAUAAUUUUUUCCUCCAUGCAAGGAUAUAUCUCUCACAGUCGGAUAGAAAAAAGUGCAUGUAUCAAGGUAUUGUGGUUUACUAUAUGGAAUAUUUUCUUUGCAAAUGUACUAUCAGGAACAGCUCUCUACCAAGUCAGUGUCUUCCUUGAGCCCCAAAAGAUUCCCAGUGUACUAGCUGAAGCUGUUCCAGCACAGGCAUCAUUCUUCAUUGCAUAUGUUGUGACAUCUGGAUGGACAAGUCUGUCCUCCUCAGAACUCUUUCGAUCAAUUCCCCUUCUGCGCAAUUUUUUCAAAAGAGUAUUUUCAGGAAAAGAUGAUGAUGAAUUUGAGGUUCCAUCAAUUCCUUACCACAGUGAUAUUCCCAAGAUUAUUUUCUUUGGACUUCUUGGCAUAACAUACUUCUUCCUCUCUCCACUGAUUCUGCCAUUUCUCUUGGUUUACUAUUGUAUGGGAUACAUAAUCUACCGCAACCAGCUAUUGAAUGUAUAUGCACCCAAGUAUGAAGCUGGUGGAAGGUUUUGGCCUAUAGUGCACGAUUCAACAAUAUUUUCUCUGGUGCUGAUGCAUAUUAUUGCCAUUGGAAUAUUUGGGCUUAAGAAGCUUCCCUUAGCUUCCAGUUUAAUUAUUCCUCUUCCAAUUCUCACACUUCUUUUCCAUGAGUACUGCCAGAAACGGUUUCUACCCAUGUUCAAAGCUUAUCCUAAUGAGUGUUUGGUAAAGAAAGAUAAAGAGGAUCUGAAUGAUCCUACCAUAACUGAAUUUUAUGAGAAGUUAGCCAUAGCAUAUAGAGAUCCUGCCCUGUCAAUGCAGUAUCCCAGAAGCACUGAUGGGCACAACUCUCCACUUCUUCAUUCUGCUUAAAUCUGAAGUAGACAGAUUGUCUUCUAGCAUCAAGCUCAUGCAUCAAAAUGAAGAUUGCUUGAUUGUGUUGUAUUUGCCACCAUCUUCUGCAUCACAUUGGUUCUGAGGAGACCAUUGUUUUGGUCCGUUCUCAGUACCAUGACUUUGUUAAAAAAAUUAUCCCAGAUCUUUCAAUCAUGUCUGUAUAUUUUUUUUUCGUUGAAAGACUGUGUACCUAAUUUCUUUUCUUUUGGGAAUUAUCAUAGGGGACCCAGGGAUGUGAAUAAAAAAAUUAGGAUAAAGUAUAUAUUUUGUCUUUGAAAUGUAGUCCAAUUUAAGUUCCAUUUUCGUGUG